GCUGAUAGCUAUGGCAGUUUCAAAGAGUGGAGCCUGUGUUAAUCUCAGAUUCCACGCCCUCCUCUUUUGUCAAAUUUACCUGAUUUUGGGUGGCAAAUGUCGAAACCACUAUUUUCCUGCUGCAUCUGCAUUGCAUGUUUUGUGCUCUUGCCUAAAACCACCAUAGGAACUCUGAAAUAUUAUCCAAAACUGGCUUUGACUUCUUCAGAGAGAUACAUGAAAUUGACGGUGCUGAGCAUGGAAAAGCACCAAAAGUCAUGGAGAUCACAGAUGUUUUCUCCAAUUUGACAACAGCCUUCCCUUUCCCCAAGGCAGAGAGUGGUUCCAGAAUGCCAGCUGCUUUAUCCUGUUAAUGAUAAAUGGACUUGCUUGGCAUGGAGUCCAUGGCUGGAAUGCAGAACAGCUGGAGCCAAGAUCAGUCUGUUGCAAUUCCCAUCAGGCUCAUCUUCUUGCAGCGCUGGUCAUAUGGAAAGUUCAGCCAGCAUAUGGUGGAAACAAGGAGCGCUCGUAGAGACCCACUUUUUGACAGCGUUGGUCUUCAUGAAUUGGCCUUCUCUUCAAUCAAAGAAUGAUUUUGAAACCUGCCUUUACCUUGGGAGGCCGUGUGGCUUCUGUGGCUUGUCGUGUUCUCCAAAUAAGAAGAUACUUGAACAGCAGCGACUUCUGCAUCCAUCCUUUGGUGAGGGAGGCCCUGGACAGCAGGAGGCCUGUCGUUGCCUUGGAGAGCACCAUCAUUACACAUGGCAUGCCAUAUCCCCAGAAUCUGAGCAUGGCCAGAGAGGUGGAAGAAAUAAUAAGAGCAAAUGGGUCUGUGCCAGCAACUAUCGGCAUUUUAAGUGGUCGCAUCCACGUGGGGCUCCAGAAUGAACAGCUUGAGACUUUGGCCAAGAGCAGAAAUGCAAUGAAGGUGUCUCGGAGAGAUCUUCCCUACGUUCUCAGUCAGGGCUUGUCUGGUGGUACAACUGUGGCUGGAACCAUGAUUGUGGCACACAAAGCAAAGAUCCCUGUAUUUGUAACAGGAGGAAUUGGAGGGGUUCACCGCGGAGGAGAGAAGACUUUGGAUGUGAGUGCGGACCUGACAGAAUUAGGCCGCACUCCAGUUGCUGUGAUUUCCGCAGGUGUGAAGUCUAUACUGGAUAUUGGCAGGACAUUGGAAUAUCUGGAAACUCAAGGUGUCUGUGUGGCCACCUUUGGAGACUCCAGAGAGUUCCCAGCCUUCUUCUGCCAUCAGAGCGGCUUCCAGGCCCCAUAUCAUGUGCAGAACGAGGAGGAUGCUGCACAGCUGAUUGCCAGGUCCCUGAAUUUGCAGUUGGGCAGUGGCGUGCUGAUUGCCGUUCCCUGCCCUGAGGAUCAAGCUGCUUCAGGACAGCUUAUUGAAGAAGCAAUCCAGCAGGCUUUGAGAGAGGCUCGGGAAAAAGGGAUUACAGGAAAGGAGCUUACACCCGUCUUGCUGCAGAAGCUAAACAAGUUAACUAGCGGGGAGUCACUUAGAUCCAAUAUUGCCUUGAUCAAGAACAACGCCAAGGUGGGCAGCCGCAUAGCUGUGGCCCUGAACAAGAUCCAAAGAUUCCCAGGCUGGAGAAACAACUCGCCUCAAGACGAGAAUUUAUCUCCUGCACCAAGACCGGUGGUCAUUGGUGGCAUCAACGUCGAUUUCAUAGCCAAGGCAAGAGAUGCAACAAUAGUGGGCGGAGGACAGACAAAUCCAUCAAUAGUGAGACAGUCGUUUGGUGGUGUGGGGAGAAAUCUAGCAGAUUGCUUAAGUCGUCUUGGGAAGACCCCGUUCUUUAUCUCCGUCAUGGGGAAGGAUGAGCAUUCCGAGUCCGUCCUACGCUACUGCAAGCAUAUGGACAUGAGAGGUGUCUUGCGACUGGAAGGGCACAACACAGCCACCUAUUGUUCCGUAUUCACAGGCAGCGGAGAGCUCUCCCUGGGCUUGGGAGACAUGGAGAUCCACCAGCAGAUCACCGAGCAAUACGUGUCCAAGUUCAAGGAGACUCUGUGCUCGGCCCCACUCGUGUGCAUUGAUGGGAAUGUGCCCCUGUCCACUAUUCAGUAUGUCUGUCAGAUUGCCAGGGAACAUAACCUAGCAGUGUGUUACGAGCCGACAGAUGUGGACAAGGCUUCUAAGCCAUUCCUUUCAGAAAGCUGGAGAGCCCUGGCAUGCAUAUCUCCCAAUCUACGGGAACUAAGAGCAAUCAACCGGACCCUGGGGCAUCCUGUUCCGGCAGAUCUGCCAUCUACACUGGAAGAUGCUGUCAAAACCGCCGUGACCCUGGCCCAGCCCUUACUGGGAGAGCUGCACUGCCUCGUUGUGACACUUGGCCAACAUGGCGUCCUGGUUUGCAGCCAGAACAUGAAUGGGAGGUCCUCUCUUCUUCCUGGAAUUUUCAACAAGGCCACUGCUGCAGAGGAGCUGUGUGCUGUUCACUACCCAGCGAUCCCUGUCCCCGCGGAGGAGAUAGUCAAUGUCUCCGGAGCAGGUGACAGCUUAAUGGCUGGAAUCCUCGCUGGGCUGCUUGCUGGAGAAGACAUGGAUGAUUGCGUCCGGAUGGGCCUCUUGUCCGCCAGCUUCUCCCUCCGUUCUUAUGAGCCAGUUUCACCGGACAUCAGUGCCACCAGCGUGAAUGUGGCAAGGCUCAAGGCUCAGCAGUGGCCUGUGGCAAAGCGCUGGAAGUUGACUUAAGAGCCGGUCAGUCCCUUCUGCACCCUGAAAUGGGCAGAUGCACCAACAUCUCUCUCUCCUACCUGGGCCUGCUUUUGAACUGAAUCAGGUGGGCUCUAUGAUUACAUCAGGAGAAGAGGAAGGGAGGCUGGCUGGAUCUCUCCAUCUUCCCUUCCCCCCUUCCCCAUUCUUUAUUGCUAGGCCCAGUGCUUUUCCCCCCUAAAAAAAUGUUUAGGGGUACUCUCAUUUUGACUCAAGAAAAUCACCAUUUUAUAGUUCAAAUUGGGAAAAAUAAAGUGGACAGAGCUACAAAGAUUCACAAAAUGUUUAGGGGUAUGUGUACCGCUGCGUACCCCCAGAAAAAAAAGCACUGGCUAGGCCUAUGACCUAAAAAGUUGAAUUAUGCAACCUGUCCCCCAUGAAGAAUUAUUGGAAAUAAUAAAAAAAUUGUAACAGAUGGUGCAAUGUUAGUAGUAGAAGAUGCAAGAAACUCAUUUUGAAACGGAAUGUAAAAUUUUUAAUUUUACUUUAAUUUUAAUUUUACCUUCAAGCCAAAAGGCUGCAUUUAGCUUGGUUGCACAGUUGGGACCCUGCUACCUCUAUCAUGUUACGUGACUCUGAUUUAUGUAUGUGGGAGGUGGGCUCAAUUGUGAUUUAACUCAUUUAAGCAGUGGCGGACUUUGGGCUCUCAAAUUUCAGCAUUGGUGUGGAGACCCCUGUGGUGUGGCACCCAGUUUGGUGGCCUAACCAGUUGCCCUCCAACUCUGUACUUUAUCACAGACAAGCAACAUCUUGUUUUGACCUAUGACUGUCAUCCGCCCUAGGCAGUGUGGCCAUCAGUCAAGGAUGGUGGGAGAUCACCCCUGCCUUAGGCUGUUUUCUGCAACUGAUGGUUUGAAUCCAUUUUCUCAAAGGUGGGGUGUGCCAACCAAAUUGCAUUCCUGGACUAGGAGCUCUUGUAGUGUCACAGAGGCUGCUGGGAACAGCAGUGUGGCAAAAGGGACUCUAGUGUGGGCAUUGCCCCAAGUUACAUGUCACAGUGGUGACUCGAGAGAGCAAUAGGCAUGUAGUGUCUGCUCCAAUGCUUGCAGGUGGAAGGGGGAUUUGUUCAGCAGCACACAAGAUGGCUCAAAGGAAGCGUCCCACAAAAGGGCAGUUGUGGUUUUUCUCUCCAAGAUACUGCAUCAGGCACAGUGGUAGGUUAAAACUCCAGGCCAGCCUCCUUCAGGGGGGCUGAAACACUUUCUGCCACCAAGCUUAGAUCAGAGCUCGGUUUAGGGAAGUGCCUGUGAUCUGAAGAUGCUUCACAGCCAACAUUCCUAUCCAAUAGAACAGGGUGGCCAACUCCCAAGAGACUGCGAUCUACUUACAGAGUUAAAAACUGGCAGUGAUCUACCCCCUUUUUGGGGGUUCAGGUCAAAGUUGUUGAGCUUUUUAAGGGAGGGGGAAUGCCCCAUUUUUGGGGGGGUGCAGAACAAAAAAAUGAGCUUUUUUUAGGGGAACCAAAGUUUUUGAGCUUCUUCGGGGGGAACAGGUGAUCUACCAGUGAUCUACCACAGACAUCCAGUGAUCUACUGGUAGAUCAGGAUCUGCCUGUUGAACGUGCCUGCAAUAGAACAAAAUGAGUUGCAAUUGCAAGGAGGGGUGACAAACAGGACUGAUCAAUAAAUCUAAAAUAAGGCAUUGAGUGUAAGAAAGUACCUUUAAUCUGUAAGGUAAAGGUAAAGAAGGUAAAGGACCCCUGAACGGUUAAGUCCAGUCAAAGGCGACUAUGGGGUUGCGGCACUCAUCUUGCUUUCAGGCCGAGGGAACCAGAGUUUGUCCACAGACAGCUUUAAUCUGUGCACACAGGUGACAUACUUUUGCCCAGCCUAGGAAAGCUUUUUUUAAAAAAAAUCAGCACAGCUCACUCAGUACUUUGCAGCACCUGCUUAGCUAAAAUAAUAAAAAUCAAAUUGUUCCAUGACCACAAUGGGGAAAGGUGGCAUUGAGCGGGAAGGACAUGCUUGAGUUUUACAAAGGAGUUGGGUGUUGCUGCUGAGGGAUGGGGGUGUAAAGGAA